GUCUAUGAGACAAAUGGACAGUAGGUGCUCGUAGCGACACCCCUGACCGCGCACAGCGCUCAGACUGCGGCUUGUGGUGACCUCUGUCUGCCGCAGGGAGAAGGACUUCCCCGGGAUGGAGGGAUGAAUCCCUUGACGGGUGUGCGCGGGGCCUGACGGCCUUCAGGGCGAUAAACAUAAAACUCAACACUUUUUUCCAGCAAAUUCCGGCCUUUAUCUUGACCUGGGAUUUGAAUCGUUUUUACAAAUUAUGCAGCACUGCCUCGACUAUGCUUGUAACUUACAGCCGCGCCCCGAGUUUCACUCUUAGUCGUUAGCGACUUUCUUUGUUAUCGGUUGUGGCCAGAUCUGUGCUGCACAGAAGGUAACUUAUGUUUGUUAGCGAUCGUUUGCGCUAUUGCCGAGACCGCGGGCUCCUUUCACAGCCGCCAGUCUGACGGAAUGCUACGGGAACGAUGCGGACAUUCCUCCGUAUCCUUCUGACAGGCCUAUUAGGUUCUCUGUGGGAUGGAGUAGCAGCUUUUGGUGGGGUCAGACUUGUCAACGGCAACAACAAGUGUUCUGGUAGAGUUGAAGUCCUCCGCCAUGAGCAGUGGGGGACUGUCUGUGACCAUGGCUGGGAUGUCCAAGAAGCAAACGUGGUGUGCUUGGAACUGGGUUGUGGUUUAGCUGAAUCUGCCAGUCGUGGGGCAGAAUUUGGUCCAGGCAGCGGAGAGAUUGUCCUGCACCACGUUCAGUGUUCAGGACAUGAGUCGAGUUUGACCCGCUGUGCUGUUGUCCUCCAUAGCACUUCUUAUUGCACCCACGAGAAUGAUGCAGGUGUGAGAUGUUCAGGUACCCUGUUAAUGCCCAGCCUCUCCUUAUUGUCACCUCACACUGUGUUCUCUCCGGGGGAGGCUGUCCGCUUUCGCUGCAGCGUUCUGCUGCGUCACCACCUCAGCGACUUCCACCUGUACAAACAUGGCGUUUCUACCCCGCUGGUCACUCAGAGGGCCGACCAGUCUCAAAUCGGAGUGGAGCUCACACUGUCUGACUUAGAGACUUUCCACCAGGGCAGUUACAGCUGCCGGUACAGCAUAAAGGGAGGCUUCCCGUCUCGGCUGCUCAGCUCUCCACCCAGUAAUUCCAUCAACAUCACUGUGGUGGAACUUCUGACCCCUCAUCACUGGUACAACACUUCCUCCGAAGCCCCAGCCGGCUCCGUCAUCAAAGGGCAGAGUUUUAACAUCACCUGCUCCACCUUGCAGCAGUACCCCGGUGGCUCUUUCCAGCUUCGAUUGAUCCGCUCCAACGGGACUGUGCGCCAAUCACUGCCUGCCCUCUCCCAGUCUGUCACUUUCACCUUCUCCAACGCCCAGACUUCCAACGAGGGAUACUAUUACUGCCUGUACCGGGUCCAGCUGGGAGGACGCACGUUUGUGUCCAGGGAAAGCCAGCCUCUGCCUAUAGCUGUGAGAGAUCCUGAUCCAUUACUGAGCCCCAUGGUGAUCAGCUGGCUGGUGUCUGGCCUGACAUUCAUCAUAGCUGUCAUCAUUAUAAUCACUGUGGCUAAAGUCCUGUGUCACAAAGAGAGGAAGCCCUCCGAGCUGGAGCGGGAGACCAGAACUUGUGUGGACAACACUUAUGUUGCCUUAUCAAUUAACAAGCUAUGAUGGGAUAUUUUUCCAACAGAUGGGCAAAGAAUCACAGGUGUGAGGAUGGUUAGAGGGCUCAAACUGGCACCUUAUUCCAGAUAAACAACAAAUCCAGACUUGGUCAUCUGCCACCUGCUGGCCACCGCUGGAACUAGAUCAACACCCAGUUUAAGGCUGAUUUGGGUUUUUUUUAUUAUUAUUUUUUAUUAAUGGGGACUGACCUGCAGCUGGGCUGGUGUCACUGCUGGAAAACAAUGACUGGCCCUUCGGCUAAGCUAGCAGCCACACUGACAUUUCUACUGACACUAAAAGCAGAAGUAGUUUGUAGAUUUUCUCAGGCACAGUCACAGCCUCACACGUAGGGACCUAAAACUUGUACGAGUUAGACUGGGUAAACUGUGACGAGGUUCAUCAGGUUUGUGUGUUUGGUUCAAAAGCUCCUUUUGAACGUGAAACACUCCUAACAAGGUCCACUACAUAAUUACAUUCUACAGAACAAUCCUUAAGAGGAUGUUUUUGUAUUUUAUGUCUGACACUAUGCAUCUUUUUUCAUUUAACAAAAUGCACUUCCGUUUGUAAAUAGUAGUUGAUUAAAAUACUGGUGUUGUUUGGAGUUUGUGUGUAAGAUCUUAAACUAAAUACAAACAUUACUGACGGUACUUGUUUUUAUGAGGUAAAACUGGGUGAAAAAAAAAAGAUUUUAAACUCAAUACAGGUUGUGGUUUAUGUAUUUUCUACUUUUAAGUUAUUUACUUUAACAGAUGUUUUAACCAUGAAUAAAAGACUGUUUUAAUA